UUAAACUGUUUUUGUCUACUCAGGGAAUUUUCAAGGCUGGUCUCCAUUUGUUUUCGACUUCAGCAAAGUCAUGGGAAUAUUUGAGAUCACCUGGGAAGAACAUAGAACCAUGAGGGCAAAUAGCCCAAGUUUAGUCCUAAAGAUCCCAAACCUUUAGAUAAGAAGAAGAAAUGGCAAAAGAAUCUAAGAAGAAAUAAUCAGAAAGAUAGAAGGAAAGCCAUGACAGUAGGGUCUCAUGAAAGCCAAGGUCUAGGGUGGGGGAGAAAUGUGGAAUUGAGAGGAGAUGUUAAAUAGUCAUUAGGAGAGUAGGGAGGGAAGUAUUGUAGAAUUGAGCACUACUGGGCAGUGUAGAGAUCCAGGUGACAUUAGUGGUUAUACAUUUACCGUGUUUCUAAUCUGUUUGGGGGUGUGUCUAGCUACUCUCACUGGUACAAAUAUAGGUUCAGAAAAGCCAGAGUGACUGGGAUUUAGCUGGGGAAACUUGAAGGAAGGAGGGAGAGUCAGGGGAUUGAAUAUAUGUGUGAGAGGGGGCUUAUCAGUAGGAUAAAGAGAGAAAUGAAGGUGAUGAAAAGAGAGCCUCCGUGGAGAAUAUAGGUCAAUGGAUUGGAGUGAUAUAGAAAUUACUUGACUAAACUGUAAGGAAAGCAGCUUGUCAGAGGAUGGCAGGCUUCAAUUCAUGAUCUGGGAAGUGUUCAGUUUCUGCUGAUGACAUGAUGCAGGGUGUGGCCACGGAAUGAAUUGCCAAGGAAGCGUGGAAGAAAAGGGCCUUGGAGCAUUCUGGUUGUCCCCUUGGUCUGAAAUGCUCUUCACUUCCUCACUCUGCUUGGCUGGCUCCUUCUUGUCCUUCUGCCUCUCCUUAAAAUGCUACUGAUAACUCCGUCUGAAGAAGGAUCACUAACCGCUCCGUACAACACUAAGGGUGAAGAAUAUAUAAAAGUCCUGUGAACAUCUGUGAUACUAUCAGUGAACCGUUUUGCAAUGAGCGAUGUCAGCGCCCGCCAGGCCGCCUCUCUGUUCUGCUCAGCUACUGCUUCUUGGGAUACGUUCCUCAUGCUAUGGAAUUGCAAGCCACAAGCUAGAGCUUUCAGAUAUGUGGGUCACAAGGAUGUGGUAACCAGCGUGCAGUUUUCCCCACUUGGAAACUUACUGGCAUCUGCUUCAAGAGACAGAACCAUUAGACUCUGGAUUCCUGAUAAGAGAGGAAAAUCCUCUGAAUUUAAAGCUCAUACAGCUCCAGUUCGAAGUAUAGACUUUUCAGCCGAUGGCCAGUUUCUAGCUACAGCUUCUGAAGACAAAUCUAUCAAAGUAUGGAACAUGUAUCGCCAGCGUUUCUUGUAUUCCUUGUACCGACAUACCCACUGGGUACGCUGUGCCAAAUUUUCACCUGAUGGAAGGCUAAUUGUAUCAUGUAGUGAAGAUAAAACUAUUAAAAUUUGGGAUACCACAAAUAAGCAGUGUGUUAAUAACUUCUCAGAUUCUGUAGGGUUUGCAAAUUUUGUGGGUUUUAACCCUACUGGUACAUGCAUAGCUUCAGCAGGUUCUGAUCAUACCGUGAAAAUCUGGGAUAUAAGAGUAAACAAAUUGCUCCAGCAUUAUCAAGUUCACAGCGGUGGAGUUAAUUGUGUAUCAUUCCAUCCUUCGGGUAACUAUCUCAUCACUGCAUCUUCAGAUGGCACACUUAAGAUUCUGGAUCUCUUAGAAGGAAGACUUAUAUACACACUUCAAGGACAUACGGGACCUGUCUUUACUGUUUCAUUUUCAAAAGGUGGAGACCUAUUUAGCUCCGGAGGUGCAGAUGCACAGGUCUUACUAUGGAGGACUAAUUUUGAUGGCUUGAAUUGUAAAGACAUUAUUAAAAGAAAUCUCAAAAGAUUACAUUUUGAUUCAUCACCACAUCUUGUUGAUAUAUACCCAAGGACACCACAUCCCCAUGAAGGAAAAAUUGAGACUGUUGAAAUUAAUCCAAAGCUUGAGGUAAUCGAUUUGCAGACUUCUUCUCCCCCUGUUAUGGACAUCCUUUCUUUUGAUUCUACUACAACAACAGAUACCACUGUUAGAACCUUAGCAGACAAAGGUGAAGAGAUCAACAGUUAUUUCUUGAACCCUUCUUUAUUGUCAUCGGAAUGUUCACCAACAACCUCGAAAAAGAAAACAGAAGACACGAGUGACUUCCCUUCUGAGAGCCAGAGAAGCAUACCACUCGCCGUGACUGAUGCUUUAGAGCACAUCAUGGAACAACUCAGUGUUUUGACACAGACUGUUUCAAUCUUGGAGCAGCGACUGACUUUGACAGAGGAUAAGCUGAAAGACUGCCUUGAAAAUCAGCACAGGCUUUUCAAUGCUAUCCAGCAGAAAAGUUAAAUAGAAAAGUAUGAGCAGAGGCAUGAUAAACGAACACAUGUACAUAGGCUCGGGAAGGUAGUACGAGACGCUCCCUUCAUGCAACACAACCAUGUGCUGAUUAUAAUGAUCAUGGCAUCUCUUAAAAGGGUGAGCAACAGAACCAAAGGCAGAAAAGGCACAAUUAACGACCAAUUUAAACACACAAAUCAAUGUCAAGGACUAAUUCAAAUCAUUACUGAUUAUAAUUGCAGUAAUAAAGUGGUAAGUAUUCAAGUGGCUCUAUAUUUUCCCCCAUAUUAUUUUAAAUGCCAGUUUUCAUUUAUAGUCCAAAUCCUGCCAGGAAAGUAAUCAAAUCUUUGAGUUUCAUUGUUAAAUCAUUGCAGUUAAUCACGUUCAGGCAAUUCCUUAAAGCAAUGGAUGUGUUUCUUUAGUGAACAACACCGUUGGGGUGAAGUAAUACAGUUACCUCUAAAACAGCAUCCUGUAUGCAGAGAAUGAGUUAGUGCUCUGACGCAUAUUUCUUUUAGCUCAAAAAUGUUUAUUCUUUCUUAACAAUGCCCUGAAAUGCUGAUCUUACAAAAUUCCCAAAGUGUAGAAUUUCCACAGCAAGAACAUGCUUAUUUUAAUUAGCAACAGCACAUACGUGGCACAGGGCGGUGGGUUGUUACUUAACUUAUGGUGUACAUGGCUUAUCCUUUGCUCAACCUGAAAAAAAAUGAAGAGCUCAAAAUGCGAGAAGCUCACGUGUCUUUCCUCUCGUAGAUGAGUGCACUGAAUGAUUUGGGUUGUGUCCAGACCUAUGCCCUGGUUUACAAAGCCGGCAUUAAGAGUGGUUUCAGUAAGCUCUGGAGCUUGAAAGAUGCAACGGUGAUAUUUACAAAUACACACACAUGUACAUUCACAUGCUUCAGAAAUGUUGCUGAGGGUGAUUUUGGCAGCUGAGUAAUAAGUCCGUAUAAUAUUCACAUCAUUGUCUUCCUAUUUUUUUUUUAAAUGAAUGUGAUUUAAAACAAAAUGAAAUUGAGCCUGGCAUUCUAAAAAAUGCUUAGGGUGAUUUGGUUACAAAUUAAGAAUUUUGUUUUAUCUAAAACAAGGGAUUAAAUUGAAGAAAAACAGAUUAAUAUUAGCUUGUUUUUCUGUUAACCUAAAUUAAGAACAAAGAAGGUGGGAGAGGGCAGUCACAUUUAUGCUGUCUGUAGGUAACAUGGGGAAAAUGUUUUGAAAAAUAAGCAAAAGUCAAAUCCUAUUUAUGUACGAGUCUGUAUUUAUAAAUUUUUCCCAAAUAAUUUCAAUCAUAUCUAUAAGGUGGUUUUUAAAAAAAUCAUCUCAUUCUGUGUUUUAAGUGCCUUUUUGUAUUGUACUAAGUGUGAACUUGUAGACAUUUUCAAGAGUUUAUAAAGACUAAGUGGUAUUGUAUUUUUAUAACCUUGUACAAAAGACCAAGAAAUGAAAUGUCAUAAUGUUUUUUGUUUACAAUUUCUUAAGCCUCAAACAAUAAAGACACUUUACCUU